AUGGUACUUUUUCGUCGAUCAUUUUCUAUUACCCCUCGAGCUCUUGCUGAAAAAACUAUUACUAUUCGUGAAGCUAUAACACAAGCCAUGGAUGAAGAAAUUACACGUGAUGAACGAGUUUUCUUAAUCGGAGAAGAAGUAGCACAAUAUGAUGGUGCUUAUAAAAUGUCAAAAGGUCUUUGGAAAAAACAUGGUGAUAAACGUAUUAUUGAUACACCAAUAACUGAAAUGGGUUUUGCUGGUUUAGCAACCGGUGCUGCUAUGGCUGGCCUUCGACCAAUUUGUGAAUUUAUGACAUUCAAUUUUUCUAUGCAAGCUAUUGAUCAUGUUAUUAAUUCAGCUGCUAAAAGUCAUUAUAUGUCGUCGGGAAAAGUUAAAGUACCAAUUGUUUUUCGUGGACCAAACGGAGCAGCUGCUGGUGUGGGUGCUCAACAUUCUCAAGAUUAUUCCUCAUGGUACAGUCAAUGUCCUGGUCUUAAAGUAAUUGCACCUUAUUCACCUGAAGAUUGUCGAGGUUUACUUAAAGCUGCUAUUCGUGAUGAUGAUCCAGUUGUCUUUCUGGAGAAUGAAUUAUUAUAUGGUCAACAAUUUCCUAUAUCUGAUGAAGCACUGUCUGCUGAUUUUGUUUUACCUAUUGGUAAAGGCAAAAUUGAACGUGAAGGCAAACAUGUAACACUUGUUUCCUAUUCAAUUGGUCUUAAAAUUUGUUUGGAAGCUGCUAAAGAACUUGAACAAAAUGGAAUUCAAUGCGAAAUUGUUAAUUUACGAACAUUAAGACCACUUGAUGAAGACAUUAUUAAAACGUCUGUUAAAAAAACUCAUCAUCUUGUUACGGUUGAAUUUGGUUGGUCUCAAUGUGGUAUUGGUAGUGAAGUUAUUGCAAGAAUAUGUGAAAGUGAUGCUUUUGAUUAUCUUGAUGCUCCACCAAUACGUGUCACUGGUGCCGAUGUUCCAUUAGCAUAUGCGAAAACCUUGGAACAGAACUCUAUGCCACAAGUUCCAAAUGUUAUCAAAUCGGUUAAAAAAGUUUUAAACAAAUAG